AUGGACUCCAACGAAAACAAUGAUAUCAGUACAAGCAAUGCGGACAUUUUCGACACGCGUAGCGCGUUUAAAAGCUUGAACAAUGUCGUUGAUUUGAGGAGAUCUGAAAAUUUGUUUUCGGAAAUUUUCACCAGAAAUACAACACAGCAACAACAGCAGCAGCAGCCUGUAGUCGUGAUUCCGACUUUCAGUACCUUUAAACCGGUUGACGUCGUCGAAUCGUGUGUGGCUGGACAGCGACAAAAGAACCGACAAAAUGUUGAGAUGUUGCCGAAUGAUUUGCUCAACAAAAACAACAACAUCAUCGACAACAACAACACAGUAAGUUCGCAACAACCGACAAACAACAGCGCAUCUUACGACACACUUUUGUUGCAACGACACGACAACUUCGAAACCAACGAUGUUAUUUCUUGUGCAAACCUUGGCUCAAACACUCCCAAAACGCCUAGAAUCAACAGUGUGCGAUUUCAACUACCAAGCAACAACAACUACAACAUCAACAACAACAUCAACAACAGCAACAACAACAUCAGCAACAACAUUAGCAAGCAGCAGAAAGCGACCAACAUAAUGUUGAUUCAUAACAGUGCAAUUGUUUAACGUCCGGAGAGAAAAAAAACUCCCAGCGAUUAAAAAUGAAAUUAUACACACGUGUCUAUAAGUUUGUGUGGGUUUGUCUGUUUGUAUAACUGUCUGCGGGCUUAUGUGUGUAUUGGUUUGUAUAUUUUGUGUGGUUUUUCUGUUUGAAAACAUUUCAUUACGGUGCAUCAAACAAUUGUAGGUUGAUUAAUUUCAUUGAUACCUACCGUUACCAAUAUCAAUGUUCUUGUGGUUAUUUUAUAAUAACUAUUAUUUAAUUUUCAGACUAGCUAUGAUAGAUUUAGCUAGGGUAUCUAAUGUAUAAGCAUGUAUAAAUAUAUAUGUGAUUGUUGUGUUUAAAAAAUAAAGGAUAUAUAAAU